GCGAAGCGCCAGGUAGCGCCCUGGGGUAAGGCUCGCGGCUCGGUGCGCAUGCUCCCAGGGCCGGGACUGCGGAAGGGAACUUAAGCUUCUCUCCCAGUGGCACCCGGCGCGGAGAGCAAUGGGCGGAGUUGGGGCCGGAAGCACUGGGCAGGCGCAGACUCCUUAACCUCCCGCCUUGGGGCAACUCCUCAGCUCUCAACUGCCACGCCCCUGCACACUUCCCCGGCCAUAAUGUAUGAUCGGGCACCCCGCUUGCUCAAAUUGGCUGAAGGUGGCAGCACUGAGGAUCACGUGGGUCCUGGAUCCUACCAGGUACCUUUUCUGAAGCAGGUAACAGGUGGCUAUGCACCAUUCCUUUCUUUGGCUGCCAGGCAAAGUACUUUUACUAGUGCCUCUAAUUUUGAGAAAGCUGUUCCAGGUCCGGGACACUAUACUGUUUCAGAAGCACAGUAUAAUAUAAAAGGAGGCCGUAGUCUACAAAACCGGGAGAAACGUUUUCAGAAGCAUCUUUCAGAUAGUCCAGGACCAGCAAGCUACAAUCAGUCUUACGCUGGAAUGUUAGAUACCAUAAACAGAAAAGUGCUAGAGGCUAAAGAGCAUCUUCAGUCAAAAGUUUCAAGGGUACCUACUGUUUCCAGAAGUAUUGAUAUUCCUUCAAUUCCUUGUGGACGGUCAUAUGGUUACCAUAUUAAUGAGGAUGACAGUAUUGUAAAACAUUUUCCACCUGCUAGUGACAACACACUAGGCCCAGCAUAUUAUAAACCUCAAUUUGAUUGUUCCAAUACAACUUUGAAAUAUAAGGGAAUACAUUUUGGAAACUCUUUGCGAAGACUAGAGUUACCUAUAAAGUCAGGACCUGGUCCUGGACAGUAUGAUAUAGUCCAGAAAAAGACACCACAUUAUGAAAACAUUAACAUCAAGAAAGAUCAACCGCAAAAUUGUUCAUAUCUCCCACGAUUUUAUGAAGUAAUAAUAUUUCAGGAGGAAAAGAAGGGAGUACCAGGGCCUGGAAAAUAUGACAUUACAAGUCAGUUUCAGAAGAUUGAAAGUAUGAUACCAAAUGUAAAUGUUGCAUCACCUGCUUUUCUUUCUCAAUCACAGAGAUUUGUACCUAUAAAAUCAAUCACCCCGGCUCCUGGCACAUAUAAUGAAUCUCGAACUGCUUUCAAGUCCUUGAAGAAAACACUAGGACUGAAAAAUGCUCCAUUUGGUCAAAGUGCUGCUCGAUUCAAGCAGGAUGCCAAGACUGAAGAAAUGCCAGGUCCUGGGUUUUAUAAUAUCUCAAAUAAUACCAUAAUUGACAACUUCAGCAAUACCUGCUUGAACAAACAAAAGAAAAGGGCAUUUGGUUCUUCUGUCCCUCGAACUUUGUUCCUGGUCCAGAAAGAAGCUUUUACUACUCCUGGGCCUGCUGAUUAUCAGAUUGGUGGAAUUUCUGAUGAGCUACCUACCUUGACUAACCCAUAUGAUGCUUUCUUGUCAAGAACAGAAAGGACUACUAAAUUAUCAGAUGUGGAAAUUCCAGCACCAGGCAGCUAUGAUGUUCAAAAAUCAUAUGCGAUGUCUAAAGUUCAGCAUAAAUACAUGCCACCUCGCAGUUUUGUGGCUAAACUAAAACAUGCCUCCUUUCUUAGCUGUACUCCUCGGUGUCCAGACAAAAUGACUGAUGGGCCAGGGCCUACAACAUACAAUCCUGUUUUAAGGAAGUCUUGCUCCAUACCCUUAUUUGUUAAAACAUCAAAGCGUUUUAAAGAUUCCAAAGAGAUUACUCCUGGUCCAGCAACAUAUGAGCUGGCUCUGUAUAUCUCAGCUUUGUUGGUCUUGGUGGCAUGAAACCAAAGCAAGACCUUCCCACAGUGCCCCAGAAGGCUAGAAAAGCUGGUUCCUCACCCACCCAACUCUUCCUUCCUGGUGAGCAGAACUCUUUCAUGCUGAGAAGUUGGUUCUUGUUGAUGAACAGUGCCACUUGUGGGAAGUGAUGAUUUAGUCAAAAUUCAGUUGUCUUCUUCCUCUACUUUUCUUUCUCUACAAUUAUUC